AUGAAAGAGGUUGAAGGUGACAAUGACUACAUAGCUAAUCAAACAAAUGAUCACUUGCGUGAUCAAGUUGAUGAUCAAGCUGAAGAUGUAGAUGAGCUAAGAAGGAGUAAGAGGGCUAGGACUGCAAAGUCCUUUGAUCCAGAUUUUUUGACUUAUAUGCAGAGAGAAGGCUUGGAUAACUUUGAUACAAAUUCACCUAUGACUAGGAUUGCAUCCAUUCGCAUGGUGAUUGCGAUAGCAGCGUUACGUGGUCUGGAGAUGCAUCAGAUGGAUAUUGAGCAGCAGCAAUGGCGAAUCGAUUUAUCUAGGAUUUCGAGGGUGGUGUUAGUGUCUCUGAUCAUGUACAGGAAAAGCAAUUGGCAUUGGAUGUGGAUCUUGGGUGCUAGGGUAGAGUUGGCAACUACAGCUGUGCCACAACUUUUUCUGCCUUUAGCUUGUGUUACCAAUGUGGCCAUGAAUGUUGGUGCUGUCACAUCAUCCUCGACUCGCACUCCAAUAUACAAAGCCUUUGCCAAAGGUGAAAACAUUAGGGAUGUUACUGCGAAGGGAGAAUGUGUUGGCAAUGUUGCCGAUCUGUGUGCAGUUUAUAACCUUUAA